UGGUGGUUUAUGUGCUCAAUCCGUUAGCCCAGCUUUUACAAUUUAGGCAUCUUUCCACUUUUCUGCAUCAGCGUUUUGCUAUAUAAGGACCUGCUGUACCUGCAUUUUAAAGCACAGAAGACGCAAGGACCAGGUGGCUCUGGGCAGCUCAAAGGUCUCCCCCUGAUCAAGAUCUGACCACAGGAGCAACAACAGCAGGCUUUGAAAUUUGGGCUAAGACCAGGAGCCAACAUGUUCGAGUUGCUGAGCGUUGCCGUCCUGUGUGUCCUGCUGGCCCCAGCACGGAGCCAGCUGUCCAAAGACGCCGUCCUCAGGAUCAAUAAAGGUGUUUUGCGUGAUGUUCUUGCAGGCUCCUUCCAGCAAGGCGACGCUCUCCAAGGCGCCCUGGGUGACGUGCCGCUUGGGAGCGGUGGGCCUGUCGCGGGUGGGCGGACGCUGCUGGACAGCCUCAGUGGAGGUCUCCUUGGGGGUGGUGGCCUGCUCGGUGGCAUUACUGGUGGCUUACUGGGUGGUGGUGGCGUCCUCGGCGUCCUCGGCGAAGGAGGCUUGCUCAGCACCGUCCAGGGGCUCACAGGGCUGCGCAUUGUUGAGCUGACACUGCCCAGGGUGUCCCUGCGGCUCCUGCCUGGUGUCGGCAUCCACCUCAACCUCUACACCAGGGCGGCCAUCAGUGCCAAGAGCCUCCUGGGUUUCCUCGACAUCGCGGUGGAAGUGAACAUCACGUCCAGAGUCAGGCUCACCAUGGGCGGCAUGGGUUACCCCCGGCUGGUGAUGGAGAGGUGCGACACCCUCCUCGGCGGCAUCAAAGUCAGGCUCCUGCGCGGCCUGCUCCCAAUUGUGGACAAUUUAUUGGCAAGCGUCCUGAACAGACUACUUCCUAAUCUGCUGUGCCCAGUAGUCGACGUUGCCCUGGGCCUUGUCAACGACCAGCUGGGGCUCGUGAACUCGCUGGUGCCCCUGGGUUUAUUAGGAAGCAUCCAGUAUACCGUAUCGAGCCUCCCACUGGUAACCGGCCAGUUCCUUGAAGUAGAUUUGAAUACCGUAGUCGAGCGAGUAGCGGGAGGCCUGGUUGACUACCCUCUGGGAAGACCAGAAGCUGUCCCCAUGCUGCCAAGGGUCCCCAUGCCUCCACUGCCACCGAUGCCGGACACCAGCUCCUCCCAGCUGGGCCUGUCUGUGAACUUCCUCAGCUCGGUGAUAUCGGCCCUGCAGAAGCAAGGCGUCUUGGACUUGGACAUCUCCAGCGGGAUGUUUCCCGAGCUUCCACCACUAACAACAUUGACUCUUGGAGCCCUGAUCCCUGCGGUUUUCAAGGCAUACCCUGAGUCACGUGAAUUGUUGCUGAAAAUUGCAGUCCCUAAAGCACCAGUGGUGACCUUAAAGAAAAACAAAGGUGUGAUCCAGCUCACGGCUACAGCGGAAGUGAUGGUGAUCCAUCCAAAUGAUACCCAGAAGUCUCUCUGCCUUCUGAAUAUUGAUGCUGCUUUGCUGGCCCAGUUUUCUGUUGAAGACCACAAACUGAAGAUCAGCGUCAGCCUUGAGAAGACUGAUCUCUCCUUGGUGUCUUCAUCCAUCGGUGAUUUUGAUAUCUCGCUCCUGGAGACGCUGGUGGGCAAGAUUUUCGAUGUCGCCUUCCUGCCUGCAAUGAACAGCGUCCUGGGAAGAGGCGUUCCCCUCCCGAAACUGCUCAACAUCGACUUCACCAGCGCUGAGGUGAACGUCAUUGAGCUUCCCUGGGGCGGAGGUGACUGCUUUCGUCUCCUGCUCACCCUUUCCUCGGCAGCUGAGGAAGCGGAGGUGCGGACACGGCGAGGGGCGGCUGCAGAGCCGGUGGAGCCGGGCCCCAGCCAGUGCGGGAGCAGGCAGCUCCCCGAAGGCAGGUGA